AUGAACGGGAUGACGGUGAGCUGGACGGUGAAGAAGCAGGGCGUGGAAAAGUUUUCCACGAUGGAGGCACAGUAUGUGGUCGCGUCGGAGCAAGCGCGCAAGCCACUCGACAUCAGGGAGAUGCUGUGCAAAAUUAGGAAGUUGCCUGUGCUUCCGAUGCCGCUCCACGUCGACAACCAAGCAGCUUUAAAACAGUUGGCUGGUGAAGAAUCGUCGCUAAAGCGAAGCACAUCGACGUCCGCUUCAAAUUCUUCUGCAACUACUCCCGACGUGGUGCAGUCGCGGCCCAUAACUGCGACUGGAGUAAACAUGCAGAGUCACGGACUAGGAGGAGCAUUGGAAAAGAGCGUGUUGAACAAGGGUGUCAUCGCAAGUACGAUUGCGGGCGAAGCGCGCUAG